GUCCUGCGUCGCAACGUCCGAACACCCCUAGUCAUUAAACCUCCAGACUCAUCACACCACACACAUCCAUACACACACACAUCCAUACACACGUCUUGACGCACAUGUGUGCGCCCAGCGCCCAGCAGCAGCAGUCCACCCACCCACCCACCCACCCCCUCUCACCCACACUCUCUGUCUGUUAUGCAUGUCCAUGGGGAUGCGUGUAUGUACAUAAGAACAUAUGACCCAAUCACGACAUACACACACACAUAACGUACACACACACAUAUCUGUAUAUGCCGCCGGUCGCAGAGGCGGAAAGGGUUGCUUCUACAUCUGGGUCGGCCAUCCAUCCGUAUAUCCAUAGGUCCACCAUCAUCGACUAAGCCACUCCCAUGAUGGUCACAAAACACGACUUACAGAUGUACCGUAUACAAAGCUAGUCUAUGCAAUAUGCCCCAGGCCGUCAUGUUUGUCAGUGAGUGUGUUCUAUAUGCACUACAGCUCAUCUUUCCCCUGUGCAGUCUUUCCCUUGUCGCCUUCCUGCUUCCCCAGCUUGGCAUUGAUCUCCUGCAGCUCGUCCUCGGCGUACUUGUUGGCCGGGAGGAGGUACCCUGUACACAUAACACACACUGAUGUACCAUUGAUACACCAGUGCAGCAUGGGUCUCACCUGGCUCUGGCUCCGCCAGCCAUGACUUGAUGAUGGCGAAGGCCGCCUCGAAGUCGUCCUUCUGCUUCUUGGGCAGCAGUUCAUUCAGCUGGUUCUUGGUCCACUUCACUUCUGGGUUCUUGUAGUUGCUCUUGCCGAGGAUCCCCUUGAUCUUGUCGAUGGUCUCGAUCUUCUUGUCAGCAGAGAUGACGUGUUUCUGGACGAGCAUGUUGACGAUAACGUCCACUUUCACGGACACUGGUUGCGCGACGUCCGCCCCGUUCCUGCCCGAGACAGAUACACACCCAAUGACGCGCACCGGACCAUCUGCCAACUGCCGUGGAUGUCUCCAUGACCUACCAGUACACGCCGGUCCACGAGGCGAUUCCUUUCUUCUCCUUCUUCAUUGCCUUGACCUCAGCCAUCUUUGCCACACUGUCGGCCUGACAUCAAUCCAACCGACACAAGAGCAGCUGUGUAUGGUGCUGUUUACUCUAUGCUGCCCAUGGCUUACAUCGUGAUCCGAUAUGACGCCGCCCUUUCUGAGGUCGCCCUUGAGCGUCUUCGCGAUCUCUAUGGCGCCUUCCUUCCCGUGGCGGUGCACCGCCACCCAGUAAUAGAUGCGCGAUUGGAAGUAAGCCGCAU